AUGAAUUCUGAAUUUUCUGCACCAGACAAUAUUGAUAAUUCUACAAUUAGUGUAAAUGAAUCUUUAGAGGAAUCCUUACAAUUUGAACAUAGUUUACAAGAACAAUUUUCUUAUUAUCAAACUUUUCAAUAUGAUUUUUCGAAAUCACUUAUAUCUCUUUGUUCGACCAAAAAUCUUUUUAAUCAAACUGUAUCUCAAAAUUUACAAAAAUUGUUUGACGCGAACCAACAAGAAUUGGGUUAUAUACCCAAUGGAUCUGAAGGCAAUUUUUUUAAAACCGCUAAAUGGUCUCCUGAUGGAACAUGUAUUUUAACUUCUUCUAAUGAUAAUACAUUAAGAGUGUUUAACUUACCUUUAAACAUAUUUAAUGCAAAAGAAGAGCAAGAUAUGAUGCCAGCUCUAUGUAGUCAUUCUGGAGAAUCUGUGUAUGAAUGUUGUUGGUAUCCACAAAUGUCUAGUCAAGAUCCGGACACGUGUUUUUUCCUCUCGUCUAGUCGAGAGCAUCCAGUUCAUUUAUGGGAUGCGUAUACUGGAAAGAUAAAAUGUUCUUAUAUCAUUAUCAAUCAUCGUGAACAAAUUGUUGGUCCAAAUUCUCUAACAUUCAAUUUAGAUGGUUCCAUGAUAUAUUGUGGAUAUAAGAAUAUGAUUAAAAUUUACUAUACAAGUCGGCCAGGUAGUAACGGUGAGGAAUAUCCUACGACCCCUACGCGUAAAAGUAAAGAGGGACAAAAAGGUGUGAUAUCUUAUCUGGCUUUUAAUCCUGAUCGUUCAGGUUUAUAUGCUGCGGGUUCUUAUUCACAAUCAAUUGGGCUUUAUGAUGAACGCAAUAAUGAAUUAUUAUUCCUUUUACGUGGUACAUUGAAUGAACCAAUUGGAGGUGUUACCCAGGUCCAAUUUUCACCUGAUGGUCAUUAUUUAUUUUCGACAUCACGGAGGAAUAAUAGUAUUUGUUGCUGGGAUAUUCGUAAUUCUGGUGAAGUUUUAUACCGUCUACAAAGACAAGGUGAUACGAAUCAAAGAUUAUCUUUUGAUAUUGAUCAUUAUGGUCGAUUCUUGACUACUGGUGAUCAAGUAACUAAUCCUAAUGAUGAUGGUUGUCCACGUUUGGUAUUAAAAAUGGUAGGCCAUAAAGCAACAACGUUCCAUCCUUAUUCACCCCUUAUCGCUUCUUGUUCGGGUCAGAGAAAAUUUGAUUUGUUGGUAAACGAAAAUAUUAAAAUUGAUUUCACAGAUAAUAAUAGUAAAUUAGAUUCAUUAGAAAUUAAAUCGAAAUGUAAUAAUAUAGUUCAAGAUAAUUCUCUUAAAAUAUGGAAAGUUGAAGGAAAUUAUGAAUGGCAUCUUUAUGAACAAGAUUUAAAUCAGUCUUAA